GUUUCUUUAGUCUCCGCGCGGUGCUUCUGCUUGCAUUUAACCGAGCGUCCGAGUUGAACGAUGAAGCAGAAACUAUCAGAGAAUUCGAAGCAUUCUGGAUGGAAUCGUACGGCCAUGAAGAUCUUGCUGGCGAUAGCCUGUCUGGUUGCAUUGGCUGCAACUUUAGAGAAUGCUGAAAAUCUCACCGUCACUGAUCAAGUGUACUUGGACAUCAUGAUAGACGAUCAUCCAGCAGGAAGAAUCGUUAUAGGACUGUUCGGCGAUGUCGUGCCUAAGACCACAAAGAAUUUCAUCACUUUAGCCACUGAUGGGGUAGGAGGGAAAACGUACAAGGGUAGUCGGUUUCAUCGAGUAAUUAAGAAGUUUAUGAUACAAGGUGGAGAUAUAGAGAAUGACGAUGGCACUGGGUCGAUCAGCGUCUAUGGAAAAUACUUCGACGAUGAGAAUUUUGUCCUUGGCCAUAAUGGGCCCAUGUAUGUCAGUAUGGCAAAUGCUGGAAAGAAUACGAAUGGUUGUCAAUUCUUUAUUACAACUGUUCCCACACCGUGGCUAGAUGGAAAACACACUGUAUUUGGAAAGGUAAUCGAAGGGGAAGAUGUAGUUUUUAAGAUCGAACAGACGAAAACCGACGCUGAUGAUAUACCGAUUAAACAUGUGGUUGUCUUCGAAUGUGGGUCUAUUCCUACCUCGUAUCCAUUUAAAGUGGAUGAUAACGUUUACAAUAUUUGGGCGUGGAUAAAAGCGACGUGUGUGCCACUGAGUUUCAGCUUCUCUAUUCUCGCCUUUUUCCACUGGGUCAUGAAGAAAUUAGAUGUUGAUUAAUUCUGUAAUAUAUAUUAUACAAACUUUGAAAAUUUUUAAUCACGACCAUAAUUCAAAGAAUCACACCAUCAGAAGUGGCUAACGGCGAUAAAAACUCCAUAUCAUAAUUUUAUGAUCAUUAAAAGAAGAAGAAAAUGAGGAAACAAAAAUAUUAACUUGAAACAAACGUAUAAAAUUAAAUCAGGCUGCAAGGGUCUUCAGAUUGUAAAUUUUAAAAUUACAUUUGUUUCCCAAAUUUCUAUCAAUCGUUUGCUAAUAAUGUAUUCCAAAAAUAAGAUCAGAUUAGACACGCUAUUUCAUCUUGUAUUGCGUGAUGAUUAUGAUGAUGAUAAUGAUGCUUAUCAUUAUAGUGAUGGUUUUUCAAUUUCAAUUCAAUUCAUUCAUUCAACUCGGCACAGAAAACGAACUGCUAUUGCCAUCUAUCCGUCAAUCGAUGACACUAAUCGGUUACAUUUGCAAUUAAAAAAUAUGCAAAUUUCCAGCUAACUUGAGUGACUCAUUUUCCUUACCGAAUACCUCUGUCAGUCUGUGAUCCUAUUACCACCGGUGCUCCUCCGAGAAUAAUAGGAACGCAGCUGAACUAUGGUCUAAAGUAAGUCUAUUGUUAGCUCCAUUCAUCUUCCACGAUUUUCUAUCCUUACCUAAAACCUGCACCAUAAUCCUAACCUCCUACUAAUAUCUAAGCAAAAUAAUAAGAUCAAAAUUAAGAUACGAAUUGAAGUUAACGUUCUACCAUCGCUGUGUUUCUCUUACAAUCUCGCUUUCUUGUCCAAUACCUCCAUCGUCCUUCUGCGUUUCUGUUAACAUCAGAAGACAAUCACAGAAGCCAAAGUAACUAUAGAUCAAAAUUGGUAUUUCACUCUCUGUAUCCUUGUUACGAAAUUUAUACUUCUUGCCUAAAAGCUCUAUUGCAGUUCUAUAUCUCUGAUAACUUCAGCGAUCUUCAGCUGGAUUACAUAUUUAGAAGAGGUGACGGAGAUGUUUUGUAGUCUCUCGUUUUAUAGUCUUUCUUGUCUAAAUUAAAGCUGGAUUAGAAGAGGAUCAAGGAUGGAAUAAAAUAGAAUUUGUUUAGGAACAAAAAUAUUCAUACGUCUACGAGCUAUGUAAAAUAUUAAUUAAUUCAGUUGGAUUAAUAUUUGCGAAGAAACGUAUAAUUCUGUAAUACAUAAUAAUCAAAUUGCUAAUAUUUAUGCAAUUCCAUAUUUUUAUACAUAUUAUAAAUAAAGAAACAGGGUUUGAAUAAAAAUUUGUUUUAUCCGCUGCAUAUUAUAAUAAAUAGUUUAUCUCAGA